GCACCAGAUGAUGUAUCAACAAUAGGGAAUUCACGUGACCACUUAGUAUCCCAGCUACCCCCUGUGGAUGUCUGGGGGAACACUUUCGUUACAGUACCCACUCCGGGACGACUGUUUGGAGACAUGGUGAAAAUUGUAGCAAGUCAAGCCAACACCGCUGUAAACAUUUCUGGUUUUGACACACAGUAUAUUAAUGAGAGUGGGGGAUUUGUACAGGUCCGGCUUCCAGCGGAUGAAUACUGUUCAAUGAAAGCAGACAAGCCAGUCAUGAUGGUAUUGCUAUCAAUUACAAAGGAUCAGUCUGAAUCAGAGGGCGACCCUUCAAUGACUUUAGUCCCUUGGCUAGAACAGUUCAAUUCAAAAUACACAUUCACUACCCCAGAAUAUUCCCUUGGCUCGUACUUGAAUUACAUCAUGUUAGUUAUUGAGGAUCAAUACAAGAACGGACUAGUUUUAGAUGGUGAUAGCACACACGUAAAUGGAGUAGCAACUUGGCAUAACUUCCCUGGCAUAGACGACUACGUAGGGUUGUAUUUUGCCAUCGGUGAGGGCUCGCAUCAUAUUGAACACUCCAACCCAAAUGCGUCGUUUGGCAUUUACCUUUAUGGAAAGGCUAGUCUUGAAUCCUAUGGACUCCCAGCUGGGAUGAAGAUGGUCAAAAUCAAUGAGUGUCCUAAUAGUGAUGGCAGUGCUGUAGACGGAAUUGACAACGAUUGUGAUGGUCUAAUAGAUGAGGAGGUUUGUGGACCCUCUGCAACAGAUGACGACAUGGAUGACAAAAUUGAUGAAGAUUGUGGGUCAUUUGAGACCACGACAACUUUAACUACAACAACAACAACAACAACAACAACAAAUGUACCAACAACAGCAACAGGUGUACAUGUACCAACAACAACAGAUGCACCAACAAUAACAAC